AUGGCCUCUGCAACCGCGGCCGCGCUCCCCGGCGAAUUGCGCUAUAUCCAGUACGAGCAUGCCCUGGAGGACAAGUAUCUGCCUGCUAUUCGAGCAUUGAUAUCCAAGGACUUGAGCGAGCCGUAUAGCAUAUAUGUCUAUCGCUACUUCUUGUACCAGUGGGCUCACCUAUGCUUCAUGGCACUGAGCCCGGAGGACGACUCUCUCAUAGGUGUCAUCAUCUGCAAACUCGAGCAUCACGCUUCGCACUCCCCCCCUACCUACCGAGGAUACAUAGCCAUGCUGGCUGUGGCAUCUGCAUACCGCGGACAUGGGAUAGCUACAGCCUUGGUCAAGAAGGCUAUUGAUACCAUGGUAGAAAAGAAAGCCGAUGAGAUUGUCCUGGAAACCGAAGAGACAAACAAGCCUGCGAUGCGUCUAUACGAGCGGCUAGGCUUUUUGCGAUCUAAGAAGCUACACAGAUACUACCUCAACGGCAACAGUGCUUACCGACUAGUGCUCUUGCUGAAACCGCAGAUGCAAGCACAACUUCCUGAAACAAUUCCCGAAGGACAAGCUCAGGCCGUCUAG